AUGUCAGAUAAAGUGAAGUUGGUCAUUAUGAUUGGUAACGAUUUCAAAUAUACUCGUGAAUGCGCUGAAAGUCAAAUACUGGUUAUAGCCAAAGCCUUUCAAGAGGUUGUUAGCGCGCCAAUUUGCGUUAUUGCUCAACCGAAUAAUCGAGAUAAUACAAACAACGAGGACUUUGAAAAGGUUGGCAAUGCGUUAGCAUUCAACUCUGGUAACGAAUUGCUCUUCUUUAACAGUCAUCAAGUAAUACUCUUCCAUUUUACUGUGAUCAAUGGCACUGAGCCGGAUGAUAGCAAAAAGAUAUUCAGCAAAACAUUCCCAGACAUUCCGCUGUGUACGUUACGUUUAUUUAAUGAAUCAUCGAUGACUGUUGUUGACUAUCAAGUUGAGACGGAAUUUCGUUUCCAUGCCGGUCAUGUAUAUGCCAUUGUUGGUGUUCGAAAAUUUGGUGGAGAAAAUCCAGUUAUGGGAAAUCUUUCCGAGGAAAGUGAUUGA